AUGGCACCAGCAAUCGGCAUCGACUUGGGUACUACCUACUCCUGCGUAGGUGUGUUCCGUGACGACCGCAUCGAGAUCAUCGCCAACGACCAGGGCAACCGGACCACGCCCUCCUUCGUCGCCUUCACCGACACCGAGCGGUUAAUCGGUGACUCCGCCAAGAACCAAGUCGCCAUGAACCCCGCCAACACCGUCUUCGAUGCGAAGCGCCUGAUCGGCCGCAAGUUCCAAGACGCUGAGGUGCAGGCCGACAUGAAGCACUUCCCCUUCAAGGUCAUCGAGAAGCAGGGCAAGCCUGUCGUCCAGGUCGAGUUCAAGGGCGAGGAGAAGACUUUCACACCAGAGGAGGUCUCCUCCAUGGUCCUCACCAAGAUGCGUGAGACCGCAGAGUCAUACCUCGGUGGCACCGUCAACAACGCUGUCGUCACUGUUCCAGCAUAUUUCAACGACUCGCAGCGACAAGCCACCAAGGACGCUGGUCUCAUCGCCGGCCUCAACGUCCUCCGUAUCAUCAACGAGCCAACCGCAGCUGCUAUUGCCUACGGUCUCGACAAGAAGACCGAGGGCGAGCGCAACGUGCUCAUCUUCGAUCUGGGUGGUGGUACCUUCGAUGUGUCCCUCCUUACCAUCGAGGAGGGCAUCUUCGAGGUCAAGUCCACGGCCGGAGACACCCACUUGGGUGGUGAGGACUUCGACAACCGACUCGUCAACCACUUCGUUAAUGAGUUCAAGAGGAAGCACAAGAAGGAUUUGACUUCCAAUGCCCGGGCCCUCCGUCGUCUGCGGACAGCAUGCGAGCGUGCCAAGCGCACUCUCUCUUCGUCUGCUCAGACCUCCAUCGAGAUCGACUCCCUGUACGAGGGCAUCGACUUCUACACCUCCAUCACCCGUGCCCGAUUCGAGGAGCUCUGCCAGGACCUCUUCCGCUCUACCAUGGAGCCAGUCGAGCGUACCCUCCGCGACGCCAAGAUCGACAAGUCCUCCGUCCACGAGAUCGUCUUGGUCGGUGGCUCUACCCGUAUCCCCAAGAUCCAGAAGAUGGUCUCCGACUUCUUCAACGGCAAGGAGCCAAACAAGUCCAUCAACCCCGACGAGGCCGUCGCCUACGGUGCUGCCGUCCAGGCUGCCAUUCUCUCUGGUGACACUUCCAACAAGUCGACCAACGAGAUCCUGCUCCUCGACGUCGCGCCGUUGUCUCUCGGUAUCGAGACUGCCGGUGGUGUCAUGACUCCUCUGAUCAAGCGCAACACCACCAUCCCAACCAAGAAGUCCGAGGUCUUCUCCACCUUCUCCGACAACCAGCCAGGUGUGCUCAUCCAAGUCUUCGAGGGUGAGCGUGCUCGCACGAAGGACAACAACCUGCUCGGCAAGUUCGAGCUCACCGGCAUUCCACCAGCUCCUCGUGGUGUCCCACAGAUCGAGGUCACCUUCGACCUUGACGCCAACGGCAUCAUGAACGUCUCUGCCCUCGAGAAGGGUACCGGCAAGACCAACAAGAUCGUCAUCACCAACGACAAGGGCCGCCUCUCCAAGGAGGAGAUCGAGCGCAUGCUUGCUGAGGCCGAGAAGUACAAGGAGGAGGACGAGGCCGAGGCUUCCCGUAUCCAGGCCAAGAACGGUCUCGAGUCGUACGCCUACUCCCUCAAGAACACCCUCAGCGACCCCAAGACCGAGGAGAAGCUUGAAGCUGCCGACAAGGAGAAGCUGAAGGCUGAGAUUGACAAGACCGUCGCUUGGCUCGACGACAAUCAGCAGGGCACCAAGGAUGAGUACGAGAGUGCUCAGAAAGAGCUCGAGGGUGUUGCCAACCCCAUCAUGAUGAAGCUCUACGGUGCUGAGGGCGGUGCUGGCGGCAUGCCUGGUGGUAUGCCAGGUGGUGCCGGUGGCUUCCCAGGUGCUGGCGGCCCAGCUGGCGGCGCUGGUGGCGAUGACGGCCCAACCGUCGAGGAGGUUGACUAA